UGCGGCGUCGGCGUCGGUGCGCGCUCCAGACCAAAGCCGUGUGGGCUGGGGAGGGAGCGAAGCGGCGGCGGUACCCCGAGCCGAGGGGACGCGCGGGCCUCGCGCGGCGGGAGCAGACAGCUGCGGAGGGAAUCCUGGGCUCGCGGCCCGAGGCGGGAGAGCCCGGCCUGUCGAUUGCCGGCCUCAGAGGUCGCCGACUGCGUCCCUCUCCCGGAGUGGCCGCCGCCCCUGGAGUCUCGCCGUGACACGGGCCUAAACCGCGGCGUCCGCGGGCGUCCGGACCGCUCGGACCCGUCGGGCCGGGCCGGAUUGGGACGAGCGUCCGGGCAGGUGCCGCCUACCUUGGGCAGGCCGGGGGCUAGGCGCCCACCGCGCGGCCCGCGGGCCGGGUUCGGUGGAGGGAUCGCCCGCGCAGACCCCCCCCACCCCCCGGUUCAGAGCCCGAGUCGUGCCCCGCCUUCCCGAGGGACGCCUGGCCGGAGCGGCGGGAGCUAGGAGAGCCCGCGCCCGCCGUCGCCCGCCGGGCUCGCGCGGGAGAGGAGGGAGGAGAAACUUUGCCUUUUAUUGUUGUUUUAGUCCUUAAGUGCCAGGAACUCUGUUGGGUGGAAAAAUGUCCUUCUUCAAUUUCCGUAAGAUCUUCAAGUUGGGGAGCGAGAAGAAGAAGAAACAGUAUGAACAUGUGAAGAGGGACUUGAACCCCGAGGAGUUUUGGGAAAUCAUAGGAGAAUUGGGUGACGGAGCCUUUGGGAAAGUGUACAAGGCCCAGAAUAAAGAGACCAAUGUUUUAGCUGCUGCAAAGGUGAUUGACACCAAAUCUGAAGAAGAACUUGAAGAUUACAUGGUUGAAAUUGAUAUAUUAGCAUCUUGUGAUCACCCAAAUAUAGUCAAGCUUCUAGAUGCCUUCUAUUAUGAGAACAAUCUUUGGAUCCUUAUUGAAUUUUGUGCAGGUGGAGCAGUGGAUGCUGUGAUGCUUGAACUUGAGAGACCGUUAACUGAGUCCCAAAUACAAGUAGUUUGUAAACAGACCUUAGAGGCGUUGAACUACUUACAUGAUAAUAAAAUCAUCCACAGAGAUCUAAAGGCUGGCAACAUUCUUUUUACCUUAGAUGGAGUUAUUAAGUUGGCGGAUUUUGGAGUAUCAGCUAAAAACACAAGGACAAUUCAAAGAAGAGAUUCCUUUAUUGGCACACCAUAUUGGAUGGCUCCUGAAGUAGUCAUGUGUGAAACAUCUAAGGACAGACCCUAUGACUACAAAGCUGAUGUUUGGUCCCUGGGUAUCACUUUAAUAGAAAUGGCUGAGAUAGAACCACCUCAUCAUGAAUUAAAUCCAAUGCGAGUGUUGCUAAAAAUAGCAAAAUCUGAGCCACCUACCUUAGCACAACCAUCAAAAUGGUCUUCAAAUUUUAAGGACUUUCUAAAGAAAUGCUUGGAAAAAAAUGUGGAUUCCAGAUGGACUACAUCUCAGCUACUGCAGCAUCCCUUUGUUACUGUUGAUUCCAACAAACCAAUCCGAGAAUUGAUUGCAGAGGCAAAGGCUGAAGUAACAGAGGAAGUUGAAGAUGGCAAAGAAGAGGAGGAGGAUGAUGAAACAGAAAAUUCUCUGCCAGUACCUGCAAAUAAGCGUGCCUCCUCUGACCUUAGUAUUGCCAGCUCUGAAGAAGAUAAACUUUCACAAAAUGCUUGCAUUUUGGAGUCUGUCUCAGAAAACACAGAGCGUAAUACUCCUGAAGAUAAAUUUAACAGAGUUCUUGAUGAAAAACCCACCAUUGAUGAGCCUGAAAAAGCUGUGAAGGGUAUUAAUGAACAUAUUAACGAUACUCAUUUAGAAGCUAUGGCUGAACUCCAUAAUAGAACAACAGUAAUCAAGGAAAAUGGGAGAGAGGAGAAGCGACCCAAGCUUGAAAAUCUACCUGCCAUAGAAGACCAGGAAACAGUAGACAUUAAUCCAGUCAAUGAAAGAAAAGAAAAUAACAUAACUGUAGAAACAAAUACUGAACAGAAUUUGAAACGUGAGGAAGAAAGGGAUCAGGAAAAGCAACAGAUAAUUGAAAAUAAGGUUAUAAAAUCUGAAGAAAUUAAAACAAUGGAUUUAGUUUCUCAGGAGACUGGAGAAAAAGAGGCAGAUAUUCAGGCAAUUGACAAUGAAGUUGUACUUAAGAAGGAAGACACCCAAGAGAAUUUGGGAAAAGAUGAGGAAACUCAAAAAGAUGUGGUCAAUGAUACAAGCCAUGUGAUAGGAACAAAUGAGUCACUAGAUAUUGCUCAGAAGACAGUUGAAAACAAUGCUGAGGAUGCUCAGAGUAAUGAUGGGAAAGAAAUGGUUGAUGUAGACCAGGAAUUAAUAAGUAAACCCCUGGAGGGUCCUGAGGUUGGUGCUACCGAGGAAGUUCCUAUUAAAGAAAUAGUUGAAACUAAUAAGCUAGAUCAAAAAUCUGUAGAAGGUAAAGGUGAGGAACAGUCAAUCAACGGUUCCGAGAACGUAGUGGAGACCAAUGAGGAACCCAGGACAAAUGAAGUUGGGGAAAUCAUUGAAGAAAUAGAUGUCAAAAGUGCAGUGAUUCAUUCUGACCAAGAAGCUUUAGGAAGUGAAAUGCAGGAUGCUCAUGAAGCCACUACUCAGACAGAUACAGAGCAAAAAGAAAUUCCAUGUGAAGUGCCAAUUAAAAGAGAACCUGAAGUCAUUGCUGCCUCACAGCCCAGUGAACCUCAGCCUGUUCUAAUACCCAGCAUUAAUAUCAAUUCUGAAGAUGCAGAAAACAAAGGGGACAUAGGUACUUUAUCAAAAACUGAAACUAUGUUGCCACCAGAAUCUGAGAAUCAAAAGGAAAAUGAUACUGAUUCGGGCACUGGUUCCACUGCCGAUAAUAGCAGCAUUGAUUUGAAUUUAUCCAUCUCUAGCUUCCUAAGCAAAACUAAAGACAGUGGAUCAAUAUCUUUACAAGAAACAAGAAGACAAAAGAAAACAUUGAAGAAAACACGCAAAUUUGUUGUUGAUGGUGUAGAAGUGAGUGUAACAACAUCAAAGAUAGUUACAGAUAGUGAUUCCAAAACUGAAGAACUGAGGUUUCUUAGACGUCAGGAACUUCGGGAAUUAAGAUUUCUUCAAAAAGAAGAGCAAAGAGCCCAGCAACAGCUCAAUAGCAAGCUGCAACAGCAGCGAGAACAAAUUUUCCGACGCUUUGAGCAAGAAAUGAUGAGCAAAAAGCGACAAUAUGACCAAGAAAUUGAGAAUCUUGAAAAGCAGCAGAAACAGACUAUUGAACGUCUAGAACAAGAACACACAAAUCGCUUGCGAGAUGAAGCUAAACGCAUUAAAGGAGAACAAGAGAAAGAGUUGUCCAAGUUUCAGAAUAUGUUGAAGAACCGAAAGAAAGAGGAACAAGAGUUUGUUCAGAAGCAACAACAAGAAUUAGAUGGCUCUCUGAAAAAGAUCAUCCAACAGCAAAAGGCAGAGUUAGCCAAUAUUGAAAGAGAGUGCCUGAAUAACAAACAACAGCUCAUGAGAGCUCGAGAAGCUGCAAUUUGGGAGCUUGAAGAACGACACUUACAAGAAAAACACCAGCUACUCAAACAGCAACUUAAAGAUCAGUAUUUCAUGCAAAGACAUCAGCUACUUAAACGCCAUGAGAAGGAAACAGAACAAAUGCAGCGUUACAAUCAACGACUUAUUGAGGAAUUGAAAAACAGACAGACUCAAGAAAGAGCAAGACUGCCUAAGAUUCAGCGCAGUGAAGCCAAGACUCGCAUGGCCAUGUUUAAGAAAAGUUUGAGAAUUAACUCAACGGCCACACCAGAUCAGGACCGUGAAAAAAUUAAACAGUUUGCUGCUCAAGAAGAAAAGAGGCAGAAAAAUGAGAGAAUGGCUCAGCAUCAAAAACAUGAAAAUCAAAUGCGUGAUCUUCAGUUGCAGUGUGAAGCCAAUGUCCGAGAGCUGCAUCAACUGCAGAAUGAAAAAUGCCACUUAUUGGUUGAGCAUGAGACUCAGAAACUAAAGGAAUUAGAUGAGGAACACAGCCAGGAAUUAAAGGAGUGGAGAGAGAAAUUGAGACCUAGGAAAAAGACACUGGAAGAAGAAUUUGCCAGGAAACUGCAGGAACAGGAAGUGUUCUUUAAAAUGACUGGAGAGUCUGAAUGCCUUAACCCGACAACACAGAGCCGGAUUUCCAAAUUCUAUCCUAUUCCUAGCUUGCAUUCCACUGGAUCAUAACAACGGGAAGCAUUCUGUGUUCGGGUUUGGCUUUUAAAUAUGUCAUUCUGUUCUCUUCUUCUGCCACAGCCUAUAUUAUUAGAGAGUGCACGAAGACAAUCACCUGCCUCACCUUCUAGGUGUUUUUUUGUUUGUUUGUCUUGUUUGUUUAGCAAAGAUGAAGGGAAAGGAACUAAGACAGAUGCUGGGCCGUGUAGGCAAAGUAGCAUCUUGCAGAAUUCCCUAACGUAAUUUUGUGUAUUCAUCUUAAAAACUAUGUACUUUAUACACUGUUACCUGAAAAACUCUUAGAGAUGUAAUGUUUAAAUUUAUUUUUAAAAACCUCUUACAUCAUUGAAUAUUAGUAAAUAUCUUUUUAUCUGAUCUAAUUUCUCAAUGAUACUGAAAUUCUAUAGAUGAAACUCUGCUGUAGAGUUGAAAUAAUUUUCUUUUGGUGAAUCAUCUCUCACGAAAAAGCUAUGAGUUGCUUAAAAUAUGAUACUGAUUCAGUAAAUAAAUCUAUUUUAUCUUUAAAUAAAGAAGAAAUUAUUUCAAAAGAGAAAAAUUAUUUCGAUAAUUUGUCUAAAAUAAUUACCUGUUUAGGCAUGAACUAAUAAUUAUGGGUGCUAGUUUUAUUACGAUAGUGCCUAAAACACUAAAUUUCAGUUGAGUCUAAAAUAGGAUUUUAUUUUUGAUUCAACAGGGACAAAACACCCUUUGCAUUAAGCAUUAUUGUUUUUCAAAUCUUGCUCCUAUUACCAUUUGAUAGAAAUUUUCAUCCUGAAACAUAUGUUGUACAAAGUUGGAAAGAUGGGGGAAAAAAAAGGUACCUUUUAGAUGUCCAAAUUGGAAAUGUAAAACUCAACAAAUUAAAAGAAAUACAGAUUUAGUUGUCUCGGCUUAUUUUUAAAAAACAAUACAUGAGCUGAUUAGAUUAUUUCUCCCAUCAUAGCAAAUUCUGUUCAUUGAAAACUGUCAGAGGCCUGCUGGCUCUGAGUUAUAUUUAUAAAUGUAUUUUCUAAAAUUGAUAUUAAAAGAGUUGUUUGUUCAGAAUAAUUUUUAAAAAAGAAUUUAAAUAAAAUAUUUAGGCAAUGUUGGAAAUGACUUUGUUGUUUUGAAAUAAAGUCAUUUAUAUUUUGUUUUUAUUUUGUUCCAUGUUUAAAUUAUUUACUUUGAUUUGAGUGGGAAAAGCCUGAAACCUUUAUGAUAUGGUUGCUGAUAUGUAUAAUUAUUAAUGAAAUGCUCACUCCUUAGUCCCUCUUGAGGCUUAGAAUUUCAAGCAUGUGUCAAGUCAAACAGUAUUAUGAACUGUACUGUGGUGUGUGAGACAGCACAUUUGUAAGUGAUGCUCGCUGCCUUCUCUUUUAAGAGGACUAGGUACCAAAUUGUACAAGUUUCAGUUUGUAGUUAUAUUACAUUUGAGGCUGGUGAAAAUUUUAAAUGUAACUGUGGAAACACUGAUUCAUAUUAAGAAAAUGUAAAUAUCUGUAGCACUUUUCUUGCAGUUAAUUUGAAAACUGAAUGCUGAACCUUAUUUUGUCAGUGGUUUAGAUGAUUUAAAAAUGCAUGUGUAAUUUUCAUUUUGUAAUUGUUUUGACAAGUGUAAUUUACUUGGACAACUUUGUAGGUAGCCUUAACUUCUGGCCAAGUUGUUUUUUUAAAUAUAUAUAUAAAUAUAUAUACAUAUAUAUUAUGUAUGGUUGUAAAUUCAUACACUUAUCAUAUGAAUGUGUUACUACAUACAGAACUCCUUUAAUGCUUUAUUCUCAAAUGCUGGGUUGGAAAAUGUUUUGAAAGCCUUUUAAAAUGUAUAUCUUUAUAAAGUAAUAUUCAGGAUAAUGAUGGAAAUUGUUUAUAUUAUGAUAAAAGCGACAACAUAAUGUUAGCGUAUUUAAUGAUUUAUUUUAAGAGGGCGAGAGUAGGAAGAUUUCAUACCACUUUCUCCUUUGAAAUUUUCAGUUCAUUGGCUUUUAAAAAGUUAAUACUUCAGGCAGUAGACAUUUUUUUAGUAUCAUUUAAAUGAUAUCCUGUGUGCUAAAUAGUUUAUGGCACAUAAUUAAUUUGGUCUGAAUAUUUGAUUUUUUGUUUUCCUUUCAACUUGACAUUCAGAGUAUUGAGUUAAAGGAAAGAGGCUCAGAGUAGAAUGGUUGACACUCUGGUAAGUUUGUUUGCAACUCUUGCAUCUCCCUUAAAAAUGCCCUUUGGAUUCGGUGUUCAUGUGGGAGUCCUCUUUCAAAUAUGACCCUAUUCAUUGGGGAGCAGGGCUAUAAAAUGAUACAUGUGUAGAGGUGAAACAUUCAUUUUAACACUUAAAAGUUACAUAAAUCUUUUCAAAAGUGUUUUGUUAUAGAAUAUCUUGUUUGUACCCAUCCCUGCUCACUUCUUGUUAGGCCCUAUAUUCCAAUAGAUAAUAUUGAUCUUUCUUUCUUGCAUGAAGUAUAGGAGUGGAGGAGGGACGCAGAGUUCUUUGAAAUCAAAGAAUAUAGUCAGAUCCAUUCCUGAUUUGGUUUUGUUGCUGGGGCAGAAGGUGCUGUGAAAUGCAUAAAAGAAAUUCUCCAUAUGUGCACCCUAAUUACUCACGCUCCCCUUUUCUCCCUGCGUGCUGUGAGUACACCAGACCGCUGCACUUCUGCAGGUCUAGCUCCUAGAGCCUGUUGCACCGGGUUGCCUUUCCUAGUCCUGUCAAUCCAUAGUCAGGUGUGAAUUGCUGAAUUAGCUGCUAUUCUGUAUUGAGUCACAAUUAAGCUUUUUCUUACCCUUUUCUAUGGGGAAGCUAUAGGGUGGGUAAGGAGGAAAUUGAGUGCUUAUACUUUGCUGAAAAUAUUAGAACUUUCCUGUGACAGGAUACAGCAAAUUGUAAUUAAAUAUGAACCAGAACCAGAGCUACCUCUUAAGUAGUGUUUCCUCAAGCACACAGCUCUCAGGCACAUGAGACCCAUUUUAAUGGAGGGUCUCUGAUUUCUUGAGCAUCAGCGAGUUUCAGAAGUGACUGUCUUUUGUACUCUUCUAAGUUCCCUUGUAACUACACACUUUUCCUUACUCCACACUGUGCUUAAAUGACAAAGUCUCUUCUGAGAAGCCAAAUUCUGUCAAAGGAUUAGCUAGAGAUACUGAUUAAAGGAAAACCUAGAACUGAGGUGGAAGAGGAAAAUUAGUUCCAGUUCCAAUAGUCUUCUGAUUAAGUAAAUCAAUUCUUUUCUGGGAAAUGAUCUUUUAUAGGAAAUGGGAUAUUUUAAAUGCGUUUCUUAAGUUGAAGGCACCACAGUUAAUGACUCUAUUAUUGCUUUUCUGUGGCUGACAUAGUUUUGAUAUAGCUUUAAAUUUUCUGCUAAGCUUGGGUUAGAAUGUUACCAGUUUUAAAUGUUGGCUGCAGCUUUUUGUGAUCCUUCUCGGAUUUGCAGUGUAAUAAUGUCACAAGCUAAAUUUUCAGAAAGAAUUGUUUCUUGUCUACUUGGGAGCAACAUGUCUUUUCAAUCAUGGGAUUGACAAAUGAAAAAUAAAGUUAUUUCUGAAUCUA